AUGGAGAGGGCUUUCCCCGUGGAGGAGAUCUCCGAUGCCUACUGGGCGUCCUCAUCUUCGUCGCCUCGCUCUGGGGCCGCCUCCUCCAACUCGAAAUUGAUGAACCGGAGCCCCUCGGAGUGGGCCUUCCAGAGGUUCCUGCAGGAGGCCGACGCCGACGGCCCUUCCGCCUCCGUUGUCUCCACCGCUGCUGCUUGCCCCCGCGCUUCCGACGCCGGGGCCUCGAAGGCUGACUUCAAGUCCUCUGCGUCUUCGGAAUGCCGCUCGAGAAAGGGAGGCAAGGAGGAUGAAAUGGUCGAGACGAGGAAUCUUCCGGCAACCCCCACGCUUCCUCCCCAGGCAUCCAAGGUCAACGCUCCGGUUGCCGCUCCUCAGUGCCCAGAAUACCUCCAGAAGCAGCUCAAUCUGGCCUGCGCCGCAGCCGCCGCACUGUCUCGGGUUCGUAGUGGCCUCUUGCUUCCUGUGAUGUUUAAGAAACAGGAUAUCUGAUUUUCUGUUCUCUUCUUAUUGAAAAAAAAUAAUAAUGAAAGACUUAGUAACGUAUAUGGGUAAGGUUGAUUUCCGUAAAAAUGAUUGAUAUGAAAAUGGGCGAUGCUAAUAUUAGAACUUCAGAAGGAGAAAAUUGGUUUGUUUUCAUAUAUAACCAAAUAUCAUUAUCAUUUCAGUAACUACAUGUAGUCAUGAAGUUUUGGUUAACACAUAGUGAAGGUGUGAAUUCUCUGACGGAUGAAGUUAACAGGACAAUCCUUGAUUUUUUAUCUUGCAUAUUAUCUUCAUUAAAAAAAUUUGCAGCCAUGGGUGAAAUUUAUUACUGUAGAAAAGAUGGAUAUGCAAAUAAAUGAUGCACACGAACCGCUUUGAAAAGAAAAUUUUCAAAUUUAUCAGUAUGUAAUUAAAACUUUUAAUGAAUUUGAUAGCUUCCAAUAGGUCCUGCUAGAGGAGAUGCCGAAAGUGAACCAAGAAGAGAGGUGACUUAUGUUGCAUUGAAAAAAAUAUUUCCUGUUUGAUGAUUGCUUGGUAACUGGUAAAGCAAUGAAAUGAGACCUGCUGCACAAAUGAGCUGACUAAGAACUCAACUUUGGGAGCUCCUGUCUCCAUUUUCUAGUCCUUUUUGAGAGAUCUUGUGGCAUCAGGAGAAAUUCUCCGUUUCCUCUUUUGAAACGUAAUCAUAGGUGGUAUCUUCCUGUAGACUGUCAUAGAUUUAGUAAAUUUAUCUUCAUUCAUCAAUGGAACUUGGAUCUAAUUUAUCAUUGAUUAAUAACGGAUCACUGCUUCCCAUGAUCUGUUUCUAAAAUUUAUUGGGGCCUCUUUUGGAUAAAUAUUUUACUAAGAAGUUGAUCUAUAUUUACUAACCAAGCUACUUCAAACUUAAAAAGAUUUUUUCUUCACAUUACCAGUUCUAACAACUUCUGGCUGCAUAAGUAUAAUUAGUGCUGGUUUUUAAACACUUUUAGGAUAUGUAUGUCAGCCAAGAUAUGCUCAUUUCCAGUGUCUCAAAACACUUCUUUGAUGUUGACGUGUGGAAUUAGGGUUAGGGAACGUGAGGUAGGUUGGCUGUUUUAUUGUCCUCUAUUUUCAUUGAAAACAGAGUUUUCCAUGAGGCGCCACAUCUGGUUUGGAGGCCCCAUCCAUGUUGAAAUUGAAGAUCUUAUUAUGGUGAAUUUGAUACAGACAUCUCUCCAAAUGUGACUGCCUUUUGUGCCAGUGUAAUAGGAUAAUGUUACACCUUGGGAUCUAUGUGAUGAGGAGGAGACUGUGUCUCUCUAUUUCCUCGAUCUCUUUGUCAUAUCAGAUCUGUAAAAGGCGUACUAAUUGGCGCAUUCCAGUGAUUAUGGGCGAGAUAUGGAGUGGUUGGGAGAGGAAUUGGAUAGUGAAAGAGGACCGGAAUACAUGGUUGUGAUUCAUCAUUUGUCUGUCUUUGACAAGGCGUGAGGAGCUACCAAAUUUUUAAAUGAGUGUUUCACUAGGCUCGACUGACAUAGUUUCCUCUUUAUUUCUUUGAGGGUAAAAGACGUGGCAAGAGUAUUUUGUAAUAAUGAGGCGAUUCCUCUAUUCUGAGAGCAUUGAAUUUUUGGGUGUCUUAUGCUCUCAUAUAAGGUACAUUUUUUGGAUCUGACAAUUCAAACUUGUAUAUCCGUGCCUCUACUUUUUCUACAUAAUGAAUUCGCAGUAUCCAUUUUUUUUAAAAAAUGAACCUAAGUGGAAUAAUAAUUUCGAUGCUCCUUUGAUAUUGUUAUAAACAAUAGUUUAUUGUAAUGCAUAUGGUUCAGAUUGAUGAAUGUUGAGCUUUGAGUGCAAAGUGUCAGAGUGUUCUUUCGUGUAUUGAAUGGAACUACUUUAUCUUUCUCCAAAUAAGUUGAAUAUGUCUUAUUUUUCACAAAAACCUUUCUGCAGACUCCUGGCAUGAAGCUUCAAGAAUCUACUUCUCUGGCCGACCAAAAAUCUCUCGCUUCUGAUGGUUUAAAGAUUGGAAACCAAGCUCCUAGUAAAGGUACGCAGUUCUUCGUUUGGAAUUUCUUGUCCAUAGCAUGUAGGCGGGACUUAAAGAUUGAGUGAUUGCCAACAUUCUCUGUCAAUUUGCAGUUAUACUUUCUUCCCAGAUGUUUUCCAAGAACUUAACAAUUUUGUACUGUUGCCUGGCUUAUUGUAUUUAAAUGCUUUUUGAUCUUUUCCCCCUGCUAUCCACUUCACUGUUCUAGUGAUGAUUAUUAUAACCUAAUCUCUUUCUGCUAACUGUGAGUAUUAGAUUACUUUGAUGAUCAAAAGGUUUCGUGUCUAUUCUACUAGAUUCUUUCCAGCCAAAUGGACGAUAUAAGGCAAGUUGGGGCAGAAAAGGUCAAUAAUUAAAGGACUCUAUCAGAAUUGAUUUAUUCUCGGAAUUGAUACUCUACCUUAUCUGACUUGGAUGGGGGAAUUCCUGUCCUCUCUGGUUGAUCUCGAUUGCAAUCAGCCUACCUGAUUUAAUCUGAACUCUGUUGUUGUGUGCGUGAGAGAGAGAGAGAGAGAGAGAGGAUGGAAGGAGGUUAUUUGGUUCAUAUGGGAGGGAGAGGGAGAGGAUGGCUAUAUAGCUUCACAUGGAUCUUUUAAAUUAGUACCCCAACCCACCACCCACCGUGCUCUCUUCCCCCUUUUUUCUUAAAGUCUUAACAUUUUUUGCCCAUCUGAUCACUGGUGACGCUGUUUUGGGUAAAUGAAAAAGGUAUUAUUUUUAUAUGAAAAGCUAUAUUGUUUGGAUAAAAAUGAAAAAAGGUAUUAUUUUUAUAUGAAAAGCUAAAUUGUUUGGAUAAAAAUAAAAAAGGUAUUAUUUUUGCCCAUCUGAUCGGCAUUGUUUUGCAUAAAAAUGAAAAAGGUGCAUGUAGGCUAUUAGUAUGAAGGUCAGUGCUGUCUCUAUGAGUGUACUACGAGUUCAUGAUAUAGAUAUUUUGUAACAUUCUAGAACGUGGGGCAUUAAAUAGCCAAUUAAGAUGACCUUGUUUCUGUGGAGCCUGUUUUAAUAAACAGGUUUUAUGCACAAGAAGCUUAUUCUUGACAUUGAGAUGCAGUUGAGUUGGGCAAAACCCUGACACACCAUUGGUUUUAUUGUAGCUGCAUCUAGUUAGUAUGGCUGAAAAUUAUGAAUAAUACGCAACCAUUGCUCCAUCAUGGAGGCAUCUUGUAAACUUUCGAUUUGUGUACGUCUUCCUAAUCUAGGGGAAUGGAAAUCUCGAGGGAAAAUUUCAUUUAUGUGGGUGUUUCCUUGACUGUUUUAUGGUUAGUCGUUGAUGGUUUUUCUCCCAUAUUGAUGAUGUUGAAUUUUUUGCUAGACCUUUCACAGCAAUGGAAAUGAAAUUGCAUCUUUUCAUGGAUUUUAUGACAGACCAAUUUUAAACCCAGAUGAUUCCAAUAUUUACGGAUGAAUAACAAAAAUUGUGCUGUCGUAUCUAAAUUCAUCCGCCACGCUGACACUCUCUAUAGGUGGUGUUAUGAACCAUCACAAAUGAUCUUUCAGGAUAUGCUGUGUUUUCGUUUUUUAGCGUGGAAAAGAGAGCCCGCUAUUAUAAAAUAGAAAAGAAAAUAUUGGGUGUAACAGAUCUAGAGAAAGAAAGCGGGAGAUGUUGGAAAGCAUCAUAGACUUAGAAUAGUUUUCACACGUCCAGGAGGUUUCUAUGUAAGAUUGAAAAACAGCGUUCAAAUACAGUGGUCGUUCCGUCCCCUUGAAGAUAAUAGAACCAACGUUGUUCUUGAUCUUCUUUCCUUUGGAUCAAUGCAUAACUACCCUGUAUUGAAUCAUACAUUUUUCGCUUUUUAAGAACAUCUGCAUUCUUAUAUCAGAUAAUGGCACGACACUCCUCACUGCAUGGUGACUAUGUCAUAAUUUCAUUAAUGUUUGUAGGCCUCCUAUUAAGAUUAUUGAAGUCCCCAUUUCAGUGUAGUUGAAUUACCCGUCCAAUCUAGUCAUAGAUCAUGGCUGCCCAUCAUCAACCAUGUUGCCAUUGACGUCAGUUCUGUUUGCAUGUAGUGUACGGUAGUUCUUUUUCUUCUUGCACCACGACCCAAAUUCUUAAUCCUGUGGUAGGUUUUAUGGGUGCAGGAAUGCUCAGCCACAGGUCAUCUGAUGCCUAAAUUUGUGUAUAAACGUGAUGCUAUUGGCAGUAUGAUGGCAUUGGGUUGAACUGAUGCCCUUUCUCAUUAAGUGUUGCUUUCUGUUUCUCAGCCUCAUUCCUAGAUGGUACCCUAUGUUGUUAAGAGUGACUUUUCAGUUUGUCCUUCAGUACAUUUGCUUUUGUCAAUGAAUUAUAUUUUGGCAAAGCAAAAUGGCAGAAAAUGAACAGUAAUCGAUAUAUUUUAUUUUGACUUUCAUAUUUGAGAAUGAAUCAGAACCUGGUUCGAGUAUACAGAAUUCUAGCUGUGGACAUACUGGAGCUCCCGCUUUACCUACGAUGAAUAGCAGUUCAGGUCCUACCAGGCCAACUACAAGUGGUUCAUCAAGAGAGCAAUCAGAUGAUGAAGAACUAGAAGGAGAAACUGAAAUGACAGAUAACAAUCCUGGAGAUGUAAAACGUGUCAGGAGGUAAUUUUUUUUUUUCUCAAAUGGCUGAUUCAUUUUUCAUGGACUUUUUUAUGCAUAAAAUCCUGGCAAUAGAACAUGCUUAUCUUGAACCAUUUCAAACAAGCUUCUUUUCAUGGGGGUAGAUACCCGUUAAACACCACACAGUCAAAAGGAUAUUAAUUGGAGGUUUUGCAAUUCGCGAUGUUCCAAAAAGCAAUAAAAAAUGAAUAAAUAAGGUGUAAGCCUGGCUGGUGAUGGGUGAGUAUUGGGGACAUAAGAGCAUCCUCACCCUAUAUCUCUUCUUCUUUGACUCUGGGUGUUUAUAAAUGGCUUCUGCUUUGUGAUGUGGGCUUCAUGAAUUCUGACUAGUAAUGAGGUUCUUCCAAGUAUAACAUUGAUUUUUUUUUCUCGUAGAAAUUAUUAUACCCCAGUCAGAGUGGUCUCGUGAUUUUUUUCUUAAGUGAGCCAGUUAAAUUGAAUGCCAUCUUGUUUGUAACAAAUGUCUUGAUCUCGGUUUUUUUACUUUAAUGUUAUUAAUUUAUUUUCAAAAAAUUACUAUGGCUAUAUUUUUUUUUCUAGUCAUAUUUUCGAGAAAACUCUGGAACUCAGUCCUGCUUGUUUCGCUGCAAAUCUUCUCCUCUUGUAAAUUUUUUACAUUAAUCUCAUUCCUCACCAGAGUUGCAUUUCAUUCCCGUCUGUUUCUUCAUAUUAUGGCCCAUAUUUUCGUCAGUAGAAUGAUUCAGCCAACUGGUUGUACUUGGCGCAUUACAUAACGAAAGCAGUGAGAAUAAAAAAAAAGUAAUUUCUUCUCCUUAAGUUGAUUUUCUCAAUUUCUACCCACAAUUUUUUUAUUAAACGUGUUUCAGGAGAUUACUACUUUUAUUUUAAUUUAAAAAAUCUUUUUUUUUUCAUAAUGCCAAUUUAUGACCAUGAAGAAUAAAAGUAUUGCCAUAUCUUUCAAGUAGACUCAGGAGCUACUGGGUGGUGAAAUUAAAUAUUUUCUGAUGUCAUAUUCAUAACUGGAUAACUGUUGAGCGGUGAAAUGGCAACCUGUGGGAUGCGCUGUAUAAAAAAUGCCGACUCCUUUUUUUAGACGCUAAUGGGGAAAACCAUAGAAGUACAUAUGUAACAGACAAAAUAUAACAUCUGGAUGUGGUUCGACCUUGAAGAUUCUGGCAGAGUUGUAUUAUAGUAAUGAAUCAUCUAAUCUCCAAGAUAUUCUGUGAAAAUAUUUGCCUCUUAACUGCUGCAGAAUACACCACGUGUUACAGUGUCUCUUAAGAUCUAGUCACAUACAGAUUGAUGAUUAUUCUAGGAAGAAUUCUUUAUUCUUUGUUAUGAUUUGCAUCGUUUGCAAGAAAUGCCCAACUAUCAUUAAACAAGUGUUGAUGUGGUACUUUGAUCAAUAUAUCAAGUUCACGUGAUCAUGCAGACAUGCAUAUGACUAGCUUUUAGAAAUACCCAGUCGUAUUUUGACUGAGUUGACCUUACCCAGGAUGCUAUCGAAUCGAGAGUCAGCAAGACGGUCUCGGAGGAGGAAGCAAGAGCAUUUGAAUGAGCUUGAGGCACAGGUUCCUUCAAUUAUCUUACCAUUGUCUCUCUCUCCUUCUCUCUCUUCCCUGAUCUAUUAUCUUUUCAUGAAUAGGUAUCUCAGUUGAGAGUUGAAAAUUCUUCACUUCUGAAGCGUCUUACGGACAUAAACCAAAAGUUCAAUGACGCUGCGGUCAACAAUAGGAUUCUAAAGGCUGAUGUAGAAACAUGGAGAGCUAAGGUAAAUGAACCCACCUUUGUACAUGGUAUAUUCAUAGCAUCUUGCCCACAUGAACCAAACGUUCAGUGAAGCUGCUGUCAACAAUAGGAUUCUGAAAGUUUACUAUUUGCUGAUAAAGCAUUGAAGCAAGAUUCCUUGGACACAAAAGCAAAAGAGCAAUUAAUUUCUAAUAUUGCCAGUGAUCUUCACACCUGUUAUACAGUGACUGUCAUUGAGAAUGCAUGUAUCAGUAGUCAUAAUCCAUUUUGGUUGUCCAGUUGUGACUUAUUUUAAGCAUGCGAUGGAUUUAAUGGGGGGUCUUAAAAUAGGUUUUUUUUUUCAUUGAAAAGCUCAUGAAUUAUUGAUUGCUCUGCUCUGUACAUUCAUCAAUAUACUAUGUAAGUUCCCACACCCUACCUUACUCUUAAUCUCCGAAGGAGCCUCUCAAGCCCACUUGUUUGUACCCUAAUCUCCUUUCACACUCACCUGACUUUUCCCCAAAGAGCUUCGAUCUCCCUCUCUUCAGCCCCUCUCUCCCACAUUUUCUUCCAAGGGAAAUGCCCCUGGUUCUUCCCCUAUCCCUGGGUUUUUGCCCAUUUAGGCUCUAUGCCAGGGAUAACCAGGAGACUAGACUAAAAAAUAAGGUAGCUUGUGGUAAAAGACAGCGAAUAUCAAUAUACACUAGGACUCACUGGUAAUCCGUGGAUCUUGUGGUGGAUUGAGAAAACAACAGACCCUUUAAGUAUCAUCCCAUAAAGUUGACUUUCUUUUUGAAAAUUUUACCAAUUUCGUAAAUGAUAGGUAUGGCAAAAAUAGUUCUGUCGGAUUUGGAGCACGAUGAUGAUGACGUUCAUCUACCUUUAAAUUUCUCUUGAUUUCUUCCCAAUUAUUUUUCUCAUCCCAUCAGAUUUCUUCCUCUAUGGCUACAACUCAAGAAUAGUAUAUCUCAUUGUUGAGCAAAAAGGCUCAUUAUUUAGGCAUAAUUACAGCAUAAUGUCAAUCCUCCUGCCACCCAUUUCCUUUCCAAAAUAAUCCAGCCCUUCAGCUGAACAGACUCAGCUGAAAUCUACAGAAAAUAAUGUGGUCAUGGGCAAGUACUCCCCUUGAUCUUGCCAGGUUCCAUAGCCAUUACUCAUCUGUUUCAUAAAAAAAAAUAAAAAAAUAAAAAACAAACCUAACAUGAACUACCGUAUUCUUUCCUGCUGGUUCACUUGCCAACUCAUACAUUGAAUUUUUCAGACACUUGUUGCUCACGGGGGCAUCACCUAAUGUAAUGGGUCGGCUCUUGUUCCCAUGCAGGUGAAGAUGGCGGAGGAUACAGUCAAGAGGGUUACUGGAUUGAAUCCCAUGUACCCAAGUGUGGCAGACAUCUCCUCUCUGAUCUUGCCCAUUGCUGGGAGCCCAGAUGCAGCUUCUGAUUCCUCCAUUCCCCUGCCCAGUGACCCAAGUCACUUCCUCCAAUCUCUGCCUCAUGAACAAAGAGUGAGCCCCAGCUCCCCUGGGCUCGUUCCCGGUGCAGCCCAGGUUGACCAUGGCUGCAGCCGCUCUCUGCCGGAGCCAUUGGAUUUGAUGCAUCAACAUGUCGCCGGCCUGGAUCAUCUUCAGACCAGGAUGCGAGGGGCCCAGGGCUCACCUGGCUCGGUUCAGUGGGAAGCUCCUGGUUGGGAUUCCGAAUCCCAUGGGAGUGGCAACAAGUAA